AUGCUGACGUGUGUGCUGAGAGUUGUUAAAAAUAAAAAGGCCAAUAUAUUUUUUGGAUGUAGAAAAAUGUCUUUGUUAAUCGAUAAUCCACAAUAUGAUUUUUUAAAAACUCUCGGAUUGGAAAAAAGGAAUAAGGGGGUCUACAAUGGAAAAUGGUUCGGUAGCGGAGAAGUCGUUACUUCGUACAGUCCAUCAAGUGGUGCACCAAUUGCCGAAGUUGUCAAAGGUACACAGGAAGAUUACGAAAGUUGCGUUGAAGAAUGUAAAAAAGCAUUUAAAACAUGGGCUGGUUUACCGGCACCCAAAAGAGGAGAAAUUGUUCGACAAAUGGGUGAUGCUCUUAGACAAAAAAAAGAACCUUUGGGAAAAUUGGUAUCACUUGAAAUGGGAAAAAUAUUUGCCGAAGGAGUAGGAGAGGUUCAAGAAUUUGUAGAUAUUUGUGAUUAUGCAACAGGGUUAUCGAGAACAUUUGGGGGACCCAUUCUUCCAUCGGAAAGACCAGGUCAUGUUCUUUUAGAAGUUUGGAAUCCACUUGGUGUCGUUGGUGUUAUUUCGGCUUUUAAUUUUCCCGUUGCCGUUUACGGAUGGAAUGCUGCAAUAGCCCUGGUGUGCGGUAACACAGUUUUAUGGAAAGGAGCAUCAACAACUACUUUAAUUUCAAUUGCUACGACUAAAAUAAUAGCUAAAGUUUUAGAAGAUAAUGGAAUACCAGGAGCUGUGGCUUCGAUGAUUUGUGGAGGACCUGCUGUCGGAGAAGCAAUGGCUAAAGAUCAAAGAGUUGAAUUAGUUUCAUUUACCGGAAGCACGCCAAUAGGACAAAAAGUUGGAGUUUUAGUUCAAGAAAGGUUUGGAAGAUCCAUAUUAGAAUUGGGAGGAAACAAUGCAUUAAUUGUAAAUGAAGAUGCUGAUUUAGAUAUGGUGAUACGCUCAUCCGUUUUUGCUUGUGUGGGUACGGCUGGACAAAGAUGUACGUCUUUAAGAAGAUUAAUCAUUCACGAAAAGGUGUACGAUGAAGUUUUACAAAAAUUAAAACAAAUAUAUAAACAAAUAAUGAAUCGUGUCGGAGAUCCGCUUGACACCAAAACUCUACUUGGACCUCUGCACACUAAAGCCGCUGUUGCAGAAUAUGAAGAAACCAUAAAAGAAGUCAAAAAAUUAGGUGGAACCAUCGAAAUAGGUGGAAAGGCAAUGUCAAGAAGUGGAUUUUUUGUAGAGCCAACCAUAGUCACAGGUUUGAAAAGUGAUAAUCCAAUGGUUAGAAAAGAAACAUUUGCCCCAAUUGUAUAUUUAUUAAAGACAAAAUCAUUAGAAGAAGCAAUUGAAAUAAAUAAUUCGGUCGAACAAGGUCUUUCUUCAAGUUUAUUUACAAAAGAUUUAGGUUGCAUUUUCCAAUGGUUGGGUCCCUUCGGUUCGGAUUGCGGUAUUGUUAAUAUAAACAUUCCAACGAGUGGAGCCGAAAUAGGUGGAGCAUUCGGUGGAGAAAAAGGUACAGGUGGAGGACGAGAAUCAGGUUCCGAUUCAUGGAAACAAUACAUGAGACGUGCAACAGUCACGGUUAAUUACAGUAAAGAUUUGCCAUUGGCACAAGGAAUUACUUUUGAGUAA